AUGCAGCGUGCCUCGACGGUUCGCCACCCCCCUGCGGUUCAGACGGUGUUUGGUCGUCGUGCAACUCAUAUCGAGCUGUACAACGAGGAGAUCGAGUACGAUCCACCCACGGACCCGCAUGCUGCAGACGAGAUGGAGGCAGAGCUGAAUGCGACAGAUAGAGGGGGCAAGCAGACACAGGUUGUGCGAUCGUCGAGCGAGGACGAGGGAGGUGAGAGGUCUGACGACGGAGAUGCCGCCGAUGACGAGGACUUUGACGUCGAGAGAGAGGGACCCGACCAGGACAGAGGACAUGGGGACGAGCAUGGAUUCGACGGCGGUGAUGGCAGUGGGCCGAUUGAGGACGGAGCGGGUGGCGCCUUCCUUGUUACUCCUGGCCCCAGUGCAGUGGGCGGGGGCGGUAGUGGCGGACAUGGGUUUGGUUUGGAGGUACCACAGGGAUCGAUUCCCUCAUGCAUUUUCAGUGACGGCUUCGACCUUGGACRUCCACCCRCUUCGGAUGCUCGGCSCGACGGGGUGCGUGUUCAGACACCGGUGAGCGAAGUCGCACACCUCAUAGGCGACACGCUACUACCCAGUACUGAUGAGGCGGACGGGGGCGACGGUGCGGCCACAACAGACACAGGGGGGUUGCUUGGGUGCGAUCGCACGAAGGUGGAAGGCCAGGUGUAUAGAGCACUUGUCGGCGUUGCCAUUGCCGCAAUGGAGGAUGUGGUCGGAGAUCACACUCAGGAUGGUCUUGUCGCGGUGGAUGCUAUGGAUGCACAUCGCAGCGAGGAGGAGUGACAGGUGGACCCCGGUGACGUUGUUGCACACCCUGUAAAGGUACACGUGCCCAGCAUGUCCCCACUCG